UUUAAUAUGGCUUUAGCCAACUUGGCCCUAACUCAUCACCAAGAACAAAGAAGAUGCCUCUAGUAUAACCAUGAAUAAUACUAUUACUAUUAUUGGUAUUUCUAUACAACUAAUACUAUACUAAACUUGUGCUAUUGCUCUGCCUUUUUCCACACGGGUUCUACGUGGUUUUUAAUUUUAUUUCAUUACGACAUUUUUUUUAUCCUCUUUUAUCAUUUUUUUAGGUGAUGUAGAAAAAGAAAAAAAAUCACACUGACACACACUAAAUAUAAAAAGUACUGUUAAUAAUUCCAAGAAAAUAAUCUUUUUUUUAAAAAAAAAAAAACUAAAUAAAUAAAUAACUCAAAAUAUGCCCUCUUGUCCCUCUCAUCACACUCACCAUCUUCUUUAUUAUUUAUCACCCUUCUCUCUAUCUUUUUUCUGAUAUCAUCCAUAAUCAUUUCUCUUCGCUUCUCUUCUCUACUUUCUAUCCAUCUAUUAUCAAUGGCGGAAUUUGAAACUCUUACUUUCUCGCUUCUCUUUUGGCUAUUAUUAGUGACCAUAAUAAUAAUAUUCAAAUUAAUAGUGAGGCCAAAACUAUGGUGUAAUUGCAAAAUAUGCCAGAGUUAUUUGACGUCGAAUUGGUCAAACCAAUUCGUUAAUCUUUGCGAUUGGUACUCCCACCUCCUCACAAAAUCUCCAACCAAAACCAUCCACAUACACGUAUUGGGCAAUAUCAUUACGGCUAACCCUGACAACGUCGAGUACAUGCUCAAGACUCGCUUUGAAAAUUUCCCAAAAGGCAAGCCUUUCUCUGCAAUAUUGGGAGACUUUUUAGGUCAAGGUAUAUUCAACGUCGACGGCGAGCUUUGGAGGUUCCAAAGAAAGAUGUCCAGUCUCGAACUGGAUAGGUAUUCCAUAAAGUCUUUUGCUUUCGAGAUUAUCAAUAGCGAGAUUCAAACGCGGCUCCUCCCACGCCUCACGUCGUUUGUACCCAACGGCGCCGUUUUGGAGUUACAGGACUUGUUUCGCCGGUUCUCUUUCGACACCAUAUGUCGAUUCUCGUUCGGGCUCGACCCGGCUCGUCUCGAGGCGAUUUCGUCGGUGCCCAUGUCAGAGUUUGCCUUCUCCUUCGACUUGGCUUCCAGACUCUCUGCCGAGCGAGCCAUGACGGCAUCGCCGCUGGUCUGGAAAGUUAAGAGACUGUUCAAUUUGGGGUCUGAGAAGAAGCUGAAAGAGGCUAUUGCGGUGAUCGAUUGUCUAGCUCAAGAAGUGAUUAAGCAGAAGAGGACAGUUGGGUUUUCGAGUCACAAAGAUCUCUUGUCACGUUUCAUGCGUACGGUCAACGAUGAUGAAAAGUUUUUGAGAGACAUCAUAGUGAGCUUUCUCUUAGCAGGGAGAGACACUGUUGCAUCAGCUUUGACGAGCUUCUUCUGGCUCAUGGCCAAAAACCCGGCUGCCCAACAGGCCAUCCGGGCCGAAGCGGAUCGUGUUAUCGGGUCAGAUCAAACCGUUAAGAGGUUUGAGCAAAUGGAGGAGCUUCAUUACUUGCAGGCGGCGAUAUACGAGUGCAUGAGGCUUUAUCCUCCGAUACAGUUUGAUUCGAAGUUUUGUGUAAAAGACGACGUUUUGCCUGAUGGGACUUUCGUCAAGAGAGGGACUAGGGUUACAUACCACCCUUAUGCCAUGGGCAGGACAGAGGAGAUUUGGGGACCUGAUUGCCUGGAGUUCAAGCCCGAGAGGUGGUUAAACGACGGCGUUUUCUUCUCUCAGAAUCAGUAUAAGUACCCCGUAUUUCAAGCCGGGCUUAGGGUGUGUUUGGGGAAAGAUAUGGCCAUGGUGGAGCUCAAAAGCGUGGCACUCUCUCUGCUCCUCCGCUUCGAAAUCGAGCUAGCGGCUCUGCCACAAUAUCGGACACCGCGGUUCUCUCCGGGCCUCACAGCCACCUUCAGCGGCGGCCUUCCGGUGGUGGUGAGAGAAAGGAGAACUGUGGAUAUUUCAUCGUGAUAUUAAUUGAUCGAUACAUGUAACAUGACCCGGUUCAAACCGGUUCAUACAUAUUGGUCGUACUUUUUUUUUUCUUUGGGUGCAUAUUAUUUUUCGGCCAUAUAUGUGGAAUAUUAUACUCCAUUAAGCCAAGUUGCUCGAAGAGGCACUGGUUUAUGAGGAAAGUGACACAUGACAUGGCCUAACAUAUGUGUGUGACCUAAAUUUUAUUAGCAUCACACACAUAAAUAUGCUGUAAUUAUAAUCAUAUGUUACCAGAAUAUAUUGUCUGGUAGGUGUCGGUUAUGAGAUUUUUAUCUGGUGUGUAGUGGUGUAGAAAAUUAUGAUCGCCACGUGGCUCUUUUUUCAAGGGCGGGAGAUAUAUGACGAUGGAGAUGGAAGUAUAGCUAGCUAGUACUACUCUCUUGGCUCUUGUUUUGAUGACACUUCAAAAUCUUUCAAUAUUCGGUACGUACGUACGUACGAUCAUGAUUCGAACAAUUGUGAAAGUUGGCCAAAGGAAUUGAUGAUUAAUUGGUACGUAUAAUAUGUAUGUCUUGUACUUCAAAAAUUUCAUAGUGAUUCUUGUAUUAAUGCAAAAGGUUUCUUCUGGCCUAGCUGCCUAGCUAUGUAUACUUAUUAUAUAAUAGCUAGCUAGCUUAUUAAUUGCUUUUUCAUUCUUGGGUUUAGUAUUAUUUUCCAGAGCCUAAAUUUUAUAAGUGAUCAGCCAGAGAGUUUCUUAAAUUUGUAUGUAUUAUAAUUUGGAAACCCUAGCUAUGCAUGAUGUAAUAAUGGAUUGCUUUGAAUGAAUUUUUGAAAGGUUUCAUUUUUUUUUA